AUGUCCUUUCGGAAACGCCAGGGACCUAUGUCAAGUAUGGACACCCUGCGCCACUCGGGCCCUCGCGGGCACCGCAGCAGCCUUUUUGCGCCAGCCCCCGAUGUCGCCGCAGGUGUCGUCGAAAUGACGGCAUCGCCGGACGGCCUUCUGGUGCUGCAACCGAAAAACAGAGAUAAAGGACUGCGCACAGGAAAUAGUAAACGACUGCGUACAGGUGUAGAAGUGCCUGCACCAUCUCGUCAACAACACUCCUUGUUUGCAAUUGAAGAAUGCAGGAGGAGAGGUAGAACAUCUUCAGAAGAACAACGAGAAAUGGAAAGACUGGGGUCACAAAUGGCGGCGGCGGAGGUGGACCAUCAUAUCGAGGACCGUCACGAGGACGAGGCAUUAUUGACCCGAAAAAGUGGAAGUUGCGCGAACUACACCGCCAUCAACGGAGGUAGCCUUCAGCUUCACGGUACUAACAACAACCAGAGUUGUAGCCCUGUUGUAGGGGAGGAAGAUACAACAACUGCGUGUCAAGAAGGUGAAGACGACACGAGCCGCGGGGAAGCGACGUCGAGCAGUAGUCCUCGCUCAUCUCGUUCUCGUUUGCUCCGUCUGCAGCGGCGCAGUCGGUCCGCGAGUGCAUCUACAAUCUCGAUCCGGUACAACUACAAGCUUCAUCGCCAGUAUGCAAAGAAAGACCUCCACUUCCACAAAGACUGACCGACGAAAUGUUGCAUGGCUUUUUUUGGUAUGUGCUAGUGCUGCAAAUAAGACUACAGAGGCAGUAGAGAAACGUCACUCUCACUAAUGCGACGGCAGUUCUGAUAGACCAAUACACCAGCAGCUACUUCUUGGUUGCUGUGGUUCUUGUAGCCGCGUCGGACAGUCGUGCUUUCCUUUGUGAAGGAUUUUUUCAUCUGGAUGCCGUUUUUCUGUCGGCUGUCCACGACCCUCCUCCACAAUACGCAACCGAAAUGGUGUGGGACCGAGGUGGUGCAAUAUGGACUGCCUGGCUGAUGCGACUCUGCCAAUCAGACGAAAAUACGACAAUGGCAGAUCUGUAUUACAAUUUUACCCUUGGACGAGCCCCUCAGUGGAGGUAUCGCAACAAGAAAACCCCGACAAUCUGCGUGCGAACGCUUGCCGAUGGAAGAAGUACGAGAAAGGAAGAAUUCGUCGAAAAACAAGCAGGACGAAAGCAAAUAGAGCCAGGUUGUAUCGCAGAAAAUGCAAACAAGUGUGUUGGUGUGAGAACGUUCGUGGAUUGGGACUGCGACUGGCAGCAUCGUUGCAUGAUCAUGACAAGAACCAAGGAUGAGCAUCAGGGAAGCUACCUAGUGCGUGUGCCUGUGACUGAAGUCACUUGUCAUGAAAAAGAAGACUUACUUUAUAUAUAUCAAUCUUGGUUUAUUUCUGGUGGAGACACUGGCACGACAUACAAGCUUCAGGCGACUGUCUCAGUCUUGCAUGCUCUGCAGUGCGCUUCUGUACUUCGAUCCACCUGUACUGUCGUGGUCUGGGUGUUGAGCUCUUCCCUCUCGUCCUCUGAACCUUGUACUCGUAUGGUGUGGGUUGAUUGUGUAGUUCUUGUGCUCCUUCUUGUGUUGGAAUGGGCAAGGCUUUUAAAUAGUCUCGCUUCAUCUCCUGAGUCGUGUUCUGCCGGCUAACAAACUGAUGUGUAAUUGGAAUUGCUGAUAUUAUUAGCGAUAGGGCAUUCCUGGUGGUGCAGGGUCGUUCUUUCGAGCUGCAGCUGUACACUACUAGCACACCUUUUUUUUGGAUACAAGGCGUCGGCAACCAGCACGGAAGAGAUUUCAAUUCCAAGGAAGCCAACCGCAACCUCGGCGCGAGUGCGGCAACUUCCGGUGACCUGCAAAAUAAACAGGAAGUUCCAGCAGCUGCACGAGCACGAGAAGCAGAGCCUGAAACUCAUCCGAGGCAAGAUCCGUCCGACCCCCAGCACCCGUAUUCGGAACAAAAUUUUACAAGUUCGGGGCGGAUGGUUGUAUCACCAGACCAGCACCAGAUGCAGACGCACUUCUACGGCGCCGAGGACCUGGAGUCACAGAAGUCUGUGGAGACUUCUUUUACUCGCGCUGCGUCCUGCGUGCCGGAAAGAUCCGAGAGGACAUCGAGAUCCACUAGUACAACCAUGUGCAUGCGAAGCAGCUCCGAAGCCACAGUAACUACGAUGGAAAAGACAUGCGACGACCCACCAGCAGCUUUAAGCUCCAACUUCGAUUCUUCAACAACUGCCUCUGUGCAUCUGCAGCAGCUAGUAGUGGGACAGCAAGACGCGACGAGUGCCCUGGAGGAAGAUUAUGCUCCGCAGCUUGUCGAUGCCGUUGCAGGUGAAGAUGCAAGAAAUCUUCACAUCCUGGUGAGCGAGAGAGUCGAAGUUGGCGAGGACCGAGGUGGAAAAGAUGGCCCGAGCUACUUCGAAGUUGUCGACAGAUCGGAAGACCCGGUAGAGGAAGACGACUUGAUCAGACAACGCCUCCGUCUACUUCUUACAAGAAGAAACCUGCAUGCUAGGAACGAGCUUCUAGGUGGACAAGCUCAACAGGAGCACGGUAUAACGUCUUCCGGGACGAUGCAAGCUAAUGACGUGUCUUCUUGUUCGUCGGCCAUAAAUUUGCCGCCCCCACCAGCACCAGCUCCACCAGUCGUUGAAUAUAAAGAUGAACGGGAGCAGCGAUCUAAUUGCACUCUACUCGCAAUCGAAGUUGAUUGCGCUUCGCCCGGUCUCACAACUCCAAGGGAUGAUCAGAUCCGGGAGGAAACUGAAAAUGCUAAUAUCAAAGCCACAGAACUUCAGCCCCGCAGGCGAAGGCCGCGCAAAAAACGCGCACCAGCGCUGGAACAUCAACCUCCACCAGGAGCGAAAGAAGCAAAAGGCCGCGGGCCGCGCAGAGACGGGACACGACAUCAUGGUGCUGGUCAACACAAAGAGCAACACAAGAACAGAGCUGUCCCGGCAACAUCCCAGCAAGAAAAUGGCCCCGAGUACUUCUUCUGCUGGGACUCCGCAACGCCAGGUAUGGAAGCGUCAGGUUUGAAAUCGUCAAAGUUGAAAAAAUUUGUAAUGCAUAAAAUGCAUGACCCGAGGCACGUGCGUUGCAAAGCAGGCAAGUGAAGCCGAAUUGAAGCCUGUCUGGGGUUAGAGCUCGAGCUGCUAAAGUAGCAUGAGAAAAUCAGUCCUCUUUGCCUAAACAGCAUGAAAGAGUGGACUUAGGGACCACCGAAAUUUGUCUUGCACCACUUGGAAACUGGGUUCCAACUGGGGCUGGCAUCCAUUCUAUGCAUGACACAUUACUUCAACUUUGUCGAUUUCAACUCUGACACAUCCAUACCAGGCCAAAGGAAGGCAAUGAUAGAGAGGAAUCACGCCGCGGGAGCAUGGAUUGUAUACCACAAGUUGCGCGCCAUGUUGAGCAGCACGGAUCUACUGGAAAAGGUGUUUAUCUCUGUUAAUCGCGAGGCUGUAAGUCCAGGCGUCUACUCGGAGAAAACCUUCGAUGUUCCGAUGCUAUACGUCGGCUCUUCAAUGGAGGAUUACCAGCGCUACAUUGACACUGUCAGCCUACCCUUAGUUCGUGCUGCCCUGCGGUACGCGGGAUUGAGUACCGCCUACAUGAUCGACCACGCCGAAGAAUACGGCACGGAUCCAAGGUUUCUCGUCUCCACAGAGGCUGGACGCGACGAGUGCCGGGAAAAAGAUCAUGGUCGUGCAGAGACACUGAUGGCCUCGGGCUCGGCCUCAUUGUCCGACAAUUUGACGACCAGAAACAAGUGUAAACCGCGACUGCGGCCGGGAGUCAAGAUUUAUGACUGCCCCUUUUUAGUCUUCCCGUUCGUGUGCGACCAUAACCAGGAUCCAAAGACGGGUUUGACCGCGUAUCUUCUCGGGCCCCAUUUCAAGGACGGGGUUGAAACGAAAGGCGUUCGUCCGGCGAACGUACAAACCACUAGCGAGUUUUUUUCCCUGCUCUGCCGGACUCCAGUACUCGCGAAACAGAAUCGUGGCGAAACAGUUUUUUCUGGCGAUGCAGAUGAAAGCGUCGACAAAAACGGAUAAUAAUUCGAUACAAUUGAACUUACUUGACAUGCUUAUGCUACAGCUGUAGUAUUCUCGGAUUGAGUUGUCACAACGGUCCUGCUCGUCGUUUUUACUACGUACAAUUUCCCGCGGUCGCGGGGGUGCGCGACUGGCUUUAAGAGAAACACAGAAAGCCACACGAAAAGCUGCGAUGUUCUCAACGGGAAUGAUGUCAUGAUAAUGUCAAGAGACCACGACUCCGGCAGCGACUAGUUGUCCGACGAAGACAACCGUAUCCGAUAAACGAAGACGUAUUUAUUGCCUAUUCAAUAGCUGCACUCCGGUGCUCCUGCGAGUCCGACCUGCACCUGUAGCUCACUAGGCCAAGGCCGUCAUACUGUCACUGUCAUCCAAUGAACGGAUCUAGCGAGACUCUGUCAUGAAAAGAUACCAUAUCAUGGUGGAGAUUGAAACCCUUGAAAAGACGAUCUGGAUCAGAAAUAAAUGUCACAUCCGCAGUAGUAGCAACGAACAGUCAUUCAUCGAUGUCAAUACCGUGAAGAUGUGCGGUGAAAGAGAGACGAGAUCUCAAGCGGAAAGCUACCCAAUUCUAUUUAGUGCGAUUGUAUCAAAAAAGAUAUCGUGGCACGUGACCUCCCUGUUUUUGAAACUAUAUGUAUCGACGCAAUUAUCAAUCUUCAAACAGAAAUGCGCG